AUGUUAAUAUUCCUAUAUGUUACACUAUAUUUUCGUCAUAGUCCCCCUGAUGCAACUCAUCCUUAUGGAUACGGAAAAUAUGAAACCAUUGGAUCACUGGCAGUUUCUUCACUUUUAAUGAUCGGAGCAGUUGGAAUUGGUCAUCAUUCCUACGAAAUAUUAAUUAAUCUUUUUCCGUCAGAAAUACCCAAUAGUAUAAAUGAACUUGGUGGAGCUAUAAAUUUGCAAACUGAUGAAAAUCAUCAAUUGAAUCCCAAUGCAGCUUGGUUUGCCGCGGCAUCUGUUAUUAUAAAAGAAGCAUUAUUUCGAAUAACGUUGAAGAUUGGAUUGGAAGAAAGAUCUAAUGUUUUAGUAGCAAAUGCAUGGCAUCAUCGUAGUGAUGCUGCUUCAAGUGUUGUAGCCCUUGGAGCAAUUGUGGGAAGUUAUCUUGGAUUUCCGUUUCUUGAUCCAUUAGGUGGAAUGCUAGUAGCAGGAAUGAUAAUGAAGAGUGGGUUCGAAAUUAUGUUAGAUUCAUUAAAAGAAUUGGUUGAUAUAAGAGUUGAACAGGAAGUUAUAAAUCAAGUUGAAAAAGCUGUUGAAAAAUUAAAGGGUACUGAUCCAAAUAUAGUAAAUUUCCAUAGUAUAAGAGGUAGAAAAUCAGGCCCGUUUUAUUUAAUUGAUAUGAUAUUACAAGUUAAUCCGGAUUUGACAAUAUCAAAGGCUCAUAACAUUGAAGAACAAGUUAGACAAGCUGUUAAGAAAGAAUGUAAAAGUGUUAAAGAAGUAUUGAUGCAUUUGGAUGUUGAAGAUCAAUGUCCUCAUCAUUAA